AUGGACCUCCUCUCGAGCGUCCGCAAAUCCGGCUCCCGCGGCGGCGUCAACUUCUCCUGGGACGAGGUCGCCAACUCCAACCACCGCGAGAACUACCUCGGCCACAGCCUCAAAGCCCCCGUCGGCCGCUGGCAGAAGGGCCGCGACCUGAACUGGUACGCCAAGACGGACGACGACGCCGACGCCGGCGACAGCAACGAGACGCCCGAGGAGCGGCAGGAGCGCGAGCGCCGCGAGGAGCUGCGCAAGAUCAAGGAGGCCGAGGAGGACGCCCUCGCCCGCGCCCUGGGCCUCCCCGUGCCGCAGCGGGACACCUCGGGCGCGAACGCCGUCGAGGUCAGCGGGUCGAGGGGCAUCGGUCCCGCGUCUGCGCCCGCGCCGCUAGCGCCUGAGGAGAAGAAGGGCGGGCUCGUGGUCAAGGAGAAGAGGGAGAAGAGGGAUCGCGACGAGGAUAGGGAGAGGAGACGGCGUCACCGCAGUCGCAGCCCGAGACGGGACAGGAGGAGAGACGACGAGAGGCGACGAAGCCGAGAGAGAGAGCGGGGAGACGACAGGCGGCGGAGGGAGCGUGAUGGUGAGCGAGAGAGGGUCAGAGAUCGCGAUGGGGAUCGCGAGAGGCGGCAUAGGGGUGAGCGGAGGGAGCACCGACGGAGGAGCAGGAGCCGGGAGGGGCAUCGACCGCGGUCGAGAGACCGCAGGCGCAGUCCGGAUGAGCGUCGCUGA